GACCAGUGGAGAUUGUGGAGUCUUCUUGUCUUCACUACUUUCGCAUGCUCUUAGUUCCUAUAUUUUUGCACUUUCUUAUCCUUUUCGGUGUGUGCCAAUACACAUAGUUACAGUCCUUCGUUAGACGUGAUCGUAUCAACUUUUUCGACUUUUUUGUUGUUGGUGCUAAAAAGUUGGUGAGAGAAUAACAAGCUGCGUUUGUUUAAUUUGUGGUCUGGUUUUCGCUGGUUUUACCGAGUUCCGUAAUUCCGAGAUGAAUGCGGAACAAAACAAUACAACAAGUUUCUUUAUUUCUUUUUUGCAUCGAUAAAAUAUUAAAUUAGCGACCUGGGAUUAUAAAUUUGAUUAAAAUUUAUAUCAGAUCAGAAUCCUGCAAAAAUUCACAUUGCUCGUUUGAGAGAUUUCAAGCACAUCUCUAUAUGUCUUCCAUGCACCUGCUGUCCUUUGCCUGCACAGCUCAAUAAUCAAGCCAAAUAUCUAAUUCCUACGUAUAAUAAAUACGCGCUGGACUCGUCUAUUAAUAAAUGCUGGUGUUAUUCACUCUGCAAUUAAUGUAAUGAAAUAUUUGCAUCGCCAGAGACACACCACUCAACCAACCAGCACACCCACUCCCGAUCGUACCAUUACACAUUUAACAAUAAUGCACCAUCGUAUAAUUUCAAGUGCUUAAUGCCUCUCUCACACUUCAAACUGUAGCAUUGCUUGUGACGAAUGUGAAAAAGUGAACACUUAAAAUACGGAACAUUUUGUUUAAGCCGAGUUCAACUUUUGCCAUCAACAUUAAAGUAUGUACACAACAACGGGGUCGCUUGUUUUGUAAACCAAAAUCAUAGUUCACAAACACUUACUUAUAGCAAACAAACACAUAUUCGGAGCAGAAGUUGGAGCUAGAAGCACACAUAUGUAGAGAUAUUAUUCAUCACGUUUCUAGGAUCAUUUCUAAAACUUUCUGUGCACAACGUUUAAAAAUGUCCUUAACGAUGAUUUUCCCGUGCAAGAGAUGGAGAGUGAGCCGUUGGUGAGACCCUGCAGUCGGAACAACAUGAACUACACGGCGGAGGACGGGUCCUCCAUCCUCGGCGAGGGUGGUGGUGGGGACAUGAUGGGUCGACACUCGGUCGGAAGUGCGGGUGCAAUCAAUGGAGAAAAAGGAGACGGAAAUGCCACAAUUUUGGAGAGAUUUCAUGAAGAUGCGUUACAGCAGGUGGGCCAUGGGAAAAUGCAGCUCGUGAUAUUUGUCGUGUGCGGUUUGGCACUGGCAGCAGAUUUGUCGGAAUUGAUGGCUUUAAUUAUGUCGUCAAAAAGUGCACAGUUCGAAUUUUGUGUUGAUGCGAGUCAAAAGUCGUGGCUGGUCGGUGCAACACUGCUUGGAAUGGGGAUUGGUUCAAUAUUUUGGGGCAGUUUGGGUGACCGUUUGGGCCGAAAGAAAACUUUAGUGUACUGCUUGGGUGUUGGGUCGAUUUUUUCUGUUGCUAGCGCCAUAAUGCCAACUGAAGGAUUAUUCAUUACCGCACGAAUAUUUAGCGGAUUUGGGCUUGGAGGUGUCAUGCCCCUUGUGAUUACUUACUUCAAUGAGUUUAUCCAGGAAAAAAGACGCCGCUUGGCGACUACGGUACUGUUUCUUUGGUGGCCGAUUGGGGCCGCGUAUGUCGUGAUGAUCUCAUGGUUUAUCCUGCCCUCGACGGGCUUUCAUCUGAAUGAAGAGCUAAAGGAGCACUUCAGCGCUUGGCGUCGGUUACUCUUGGCAGCCUGGGCGCCAAGUCUUUUGAGCUUGAUUGCGUUCAUUUUCAUGCCGGAAGCACCUCUGAAUCUUCUGCAGAAUGGGAGGGACGCUGAAUCUCUUAGUAUUUACAAGCAACUCCACAAAUGCAACAAGGGUAGCAAAACGACGUUCUGUUUUUCUGAAAUCGAGAUUCCCUCGCCGAUGCCAAUGAGCACGAUAAAUAGCCCAAGAAAUGUUCUGGGUGAUCUCUACAGGGCGUUGGAUUCGUUCAGAAGUUCAAUACUCUUGAUGUGGACUGAAAACAGAAGAAGGCUCACUCUUUCCUUGUCACUAAUUUGGCUAAUGGCAGCAGUGGGACAAGGUUCCUUAUCGUCGUGGGUGAUAUCUCACCAAGCCACGCUUAGAGAUUGGACAUUUGACAAUGACGCGAAAACAUUUGAUGACAACCUAAUAAAUAACACGAGCAUGACGGCUGAUCUGAUCAAUGUUCGAUACAGAAACUGUGUCUUUCAAGACGUCACACUAGAAAAUAUGCUGAUGAACCACGUCAAGUUUGAAAACUGUUCCUUUCACCACGUCAAUUUCACCAAUGUUAAGACUUCUCAUGUUCUUUUCAUUCAUUCCGAGCUCACUGACUGCUUCUUGGUAGAUACCAAUUUGGGGAGGUCGGACUUCAAGGACUGUGUUUUAGAAGAUAUUACAUACCAAGGCUUGGAUCCCGAGUGUCACUUGAUACCAGACUUCAACAUGCAUCUUUCAAACGACGUCAUCGAUUCAGGCCUCCCUGUUGCCGGAAUUUUCAUUGGAUCUCUGUUCACAAUUGUGCUAGUCAUACUUUGUUCUCCUCCACGUCUCAUUGUUGUGUCGAUUCUGCUUAUCUUGUCAGCUUCGAUUAGCGUAGGACUUACCAUUUGGAAAUACGACCCAAUCUGGGCGUUGGUGGGUCAUACUUUUCUGAACGGUUUUGUUGCGGCUUCGUGGAGUCUCAUGAUGACAAUGGCUGACAAAUACCCCACUCGGACAAGGAGCUCCGUUCUCGGCUUGUGUUUGGCCGGGGGCAGAGUUGGAUCCUUCCUUGGCGUUGGACUCUUUGGGACAACGAUUAAGGGAAAUGCAGCCCCCGUAUUCUCCUCGGUAUUUCUGCUCUUGUCGUCAUGUCUCGCGUUACGGGGGGAAUCCCGAUCUUCAACGACUUGAGCUAUUUAUUUUUACCAAUUAUCAAAGUAUACAUACAUCCAGAUUAUUUAAAUUAUUUAUUAUUUAAAAAUACGUACGUAAAUAUAUGUAACUUAUUUCGACUAUGUAUGUCUUUUCAGAGUAUUACUCAUAAUGGAUGUCUUUCAUUGCUCUAUUAUCAUUUGUAUUUACAAAUGUAUUACUAUUCUUCUUCUAUAUUCUCUGUGUAGAAGAGUGGACUCAAUUACGCAUGCAUCUAAAUAUUAUUUAUUUAAAUUAUGGUAUUAUGUGCAGCUUUUUAUUUGGAAUUUCCUAAAAAAAACAGCAACCACAGAUAUUCUUCUUGAAUGAUGUACAAAUUAGGCGUAUGUAUGUAGGUAGACUGCUUAAAUAAUUUCAGCUAUUGUGACAAGUGAUAAAUUAACGUAAUAUAUAAUACAAUCUUCAUUAUUAUUUUGUGUGCCCAUGAAAUCACUCACUUUCCUAAAUACGUUACGUAUGUAUUCUGACCUGAAAAUUGAGAUUAUAUAAUAAAUGAUCCCCAAAACAAUCAGUAAAAUCAUGCUAUUUACAUAAACAAAGGCUCUCAAAAUGAUACGUACUUGGUCGUAGUUAAAUAUCUCAGAUUUGAAAAUAUAGAAAAAGAAAUACAAGAAUAUGGUUCUCCACGUUCUGAAUUAUCAUGAUGAACUAAAAAGCAAUCAAUACAUGCCAUUAUUAAAUACAUACACUCGAUAUAGCAGUGUUUAAACACAGACUGAGUACUUAUCCUACAUACCCUAAAAAAAUUUUAGUCGUAGAAAUUAUUAACCAAACAAAAAAGUGUGUUUAAAAAACUAGUUGUUUCUAAAUCAAUUUCUAGUUGCUAUUAUCCCGUCAAAUGUAAUAAAUAGUACAAGCUAUGACACAUCGCAUCCUCAUUUUUAUUAUGGAUUUGACAGUUAUUAGCAGUAAAAAAAUAUUUAUUUAGUAUACAUUAAUAUAAAAUUCUUGUUAAUUAGUUAAUGAUAAAAUAUAGACGUGCAGUGCAUCAACAUGCAAAAUAAUGUUACACGCUACUCAAAUUAUGCUUAUUAUGUAAUACAUGCUUUCAAGUGAUGAAAUAAAUGUCGACGAUUUUAUCGACGGAAAUCGUA